AUGAACUCCAAAUUUUCAAAGUCCUCCUUCCUUUGCAUUUUGCUUCUGUUUUUUACCACUUCACUUGGCCUCAACUUGGAUGGCACCCUUCUCCUUGCCUUCAAAUACUCCAUCAUCAGUGACCCUUUAUCAGUUCUUGAUGACUGGGACUACACCGAUCCCAGUCCAUGCUCGUGGACCGGGAUAAAAUGCGCAGCGGUCGAAAAUACCCCUAACGACAUCCCGUUCGAUAACCUCAGAGUAGUUUCGCUUACCCUCCCUAGCUCAAAACUUCUCGGUUUUUUGCCGGAGGAUUUAGGCUUCAUCACACACCUACAAACUCUCGAUUUGUCCGAUAAUUUCUUGAACGGCCCCUUGCCGCGAUCAUUCGUCAAUGCCUCGGAGCUUCAAGUCCUAUCCUUAUCAAACAAUGCAAUCACCGGCCAUAUACUCCCGAUAAAAGUCGAGUCCUUACGAAUCUUUGACCUUUCCUCGAACUCAUUGACCGGGCCUUUGCCUCCCGAGUUCGGGGGAAGCAAUCUGAAGUUCUUGAACCUUUCUUCGAACAAGCUCUCGGGCUCUAUCCCCCAAGAGCUUGCUCGGAAAAUCCAAGAAAAUGGUACGAUCGAUCUCUCAUUCAACGAUCUUUCCGGCGAAAUCCCGGAUUUGGCGCCCUUUUCGAAUCAAAAAAUCGAGUCCUUCCAAGGAAAUGUAAACUUAUGUGGAAAACCACUCAAGAAACUAUGCGUAAUACCUUCAAAUAUUUCUAACCCGCCAAAUUUCGAAACGAGCAAUACUUCUUCUUCUUCUUCCUCUCCGGCUAUUGCAGUCAUGCCUAAGCCCAUUAAUAACUCAAAAAACCCUUCUCAAGAUUCUUCUUCCACUCGAAACAAUGGAAUUUCAUCACGGCAUGGCCUAAAACCGGGCGCGAUAGCCGGAAUAACGAUCGUCCCUUUAGCCGGAAUCGGAAUUUUCGCAACGAUAAUCUUCCUAUACAUCCAUCAGAAGAAGAAACGAGCAAACGACGCUUUUAGCACGUACGAAUUCAAGAAAGACACAAAUCCCUCAUCAUCAUCAGUAUUAGUAAAAGAGAAAGAGACCAAACAUCUCAUUCUCAACCUUAAUCUCCCCACACUGUCCUGUUUAAGCACGAAAAAUGAGGGACGAGACAAAUGUGAUGUUGUUAUAAAAAACCUCGUGAUGGUCGAUAAUGGAGAAACCGAGCUCGAUCCCGACACGCUGUUUCGAGCCUCGGCUUACGUUCUCGGGUCGAGUGGACCGAGCAUCGUGUACAAAGCCGUGUUGCGUGAUGGGACCUCGUUUGCCGUGAGGAGGAUUGGUGACGUGGCAUGUGGUGGGGGGAUGAAGGAGUUCGAGAGGCGGGUGAGGAGCAUCGCUAAAAUGCACCACCCGAAUUUGGUUCGGGUCAGGGGUUUCUACUGGGGAGAUGAUGAGAAGCUUGUGAUUUGUGACUAUGUGUCUAAUGGCAGCUUGGCUAAUAUUGGUUACAGAAAAAUCGGGUCAUCCCCGUAUCAUUUGCCGUUCGAAACCCGGCUCAAGAUAGCUAGAGGCGUGGCCCGUGGGCUAACUUACAUCCACGACAAGAAAAAAGUGCACGGCAACAUCAAACCGAGCAACAUUCUCCUGACCCCAGAUAUGGAGCCCGUGAUUAGCGAUUUCGGGCUGGACUGGCUCGUCCACGGCCCGGCCCACCAAGUCAGUAAAGUUGGCCCCACCUCACUCUACCGGGCACCCGAGUCGCUCAACAAUCCCAGGCCGAGUGCCAAGUGGGAUGUCUACUCUUUUGGGAUCUUGUUGCUCGAGCUGCUGACCGGGAAGGUUUUAUCGGGCCCGGAGCUGAGCCAAUUAUGGGCCACGGGCGGCCCGAUGGCCGAGGAGCCCGAUAGGGUGUUGAGGAUGGCUGAUGUGGCGAUAAGGGGCGACGUGGCACGCCGGGAGGAGACCGUGCUUGCUUGGUUUAAGCUUGGUUUUAGUUGUGCCUCGUUGGCUCCAAAGAAGAGGCCUUGCAUGAGACAUGCACUUCAUGUGUUGGAAAAAAUAUCUUGUUCAAACUAA